CUUACACACUCCAACUUGCAGGGCAGACGAUAUCUAUUUCGAGUCUCAAGUUAUACCCUUCAAAGGAGUGAAGCACUUAAGCGGCCUCUCGAUCUAUUCUUAUCCCAUAUCAGACAACUAUACGAAUCUCUGCUGCCGUCUUCAUCCUUCGCAACUUCCGCCAUCAAGCCAUCACCUCUGGGCAUGCCUUCUUACGCGAUUCACCACAUCUCGUUGCGCAAGUGAUUCUCUCUUGAAUGUCAUGGCACAACACAAUGAUUCCAACACCUCUGACCCUGGUGCUCAAUCUGUGUCCGACCCGAUGACCACUCAAUCGAGUUUGGACAGCGCAGCCAAGGAAGCUGGGGCAGAUUCAGCCUUUCCAUACGGCACACGUUCCCGUAACAGAACUGGCACAUCGCGUAUUAACUACGCCGAGGACAGGGACAUUGAUGGCGAUGUUUAUGACUACUAUCACGACAAAAAGGACAGUGAUUCCAAAAAGACUUCACGUCAGUCCAGCGCUGCUGUGAAUGGCGAUGCGCCUCGUGGGGGUGCAAGCUCGCGCAAGGCUGGCACAGACGAGCCAAAGGCAGCGCAGGUAGCGAAUACUCCCAAGGAGCAACAGUCGGACAGUUCAAAUAAUGUGCCCACGACAACGCAGCAGCCGGCUGCUUCACAGCCCGCACGGAAGCGCAAGGUCGUGGGCAACCCAGCCGGUUCCACUAACCCAGCGACAUCCGUCAAUAAUUCAACCAAAAAAACAGCAUCAUCCGGAACACCUUCGCGUAUCCCAUGGCCAGAAACCAACAUGCUGACUUUUGACAACUGCAAGAGCCGUCCUGUCAAUGGUAAAAUGGUGGCCGAUGAUGGUACAGCGCUGGAGCCAAAUGAUCAUGUGUACCUUGUCUGUGAGCCACCUGGAGAACCCUAUUACCUGGGCCGCAUCAUGGAAUUCCUUCAUGUGCAGAAUGACAGCAGCAAACCCGUGGAAGCUGUUCGCAUCAACUGGUACUACCGACCCAAGGAUAUUGGCCGAAAGUCCACAGACACACGAAUGGUUUUUGCGACGAUGCACUCCGACAUCAGCCCGUUGACGGCGCUACGCGGAAAAUGUCAGAUUCACCACAAAGCUGAGAUUAAGAAUAUGGAAUUAUACCGAAAGGACCCUGACAGCUUUUGGUACGAUAAACUGUACGAUCGCUAUAUCCAAAAGAACUACGACUUGAUUCCGACGCGUUCUAUUGUCAACGUUCCAGCCAAUGUAAAAAAGGUUCUCGACGAGCGCUGGAAAUACGUGCUAGUCGAGCAGGGGCGUGGCAAGGAGCUCACUAGCGCCGUUAAGCUCUGCAAGAGAUGCGCCGGCUAUUGCGCAAGCAACGACUCGGUUGACUGUGCAGUAUGUCAGAACACAUACCAUAUGAAUUGUGUGAACCCGCCUCUAUUGAAAAAGCCAUCCAGAGGUUUUGCCUGGUCAUGUGCAGCAUGCAGUCGAGCCCAGGAAAGGAAGCUGGAGGCUCGUAAUACACCUAAUGUUAACGAUCCAAGCUUCGAUGCCGAAGACGACGAUCCUAUGGAUGAAGAGGACGAGGAGAUGCAGGGGCUUGAGACUAAUCGAACUAGUCCCGAAGAAGGAGACCAUCCUCACCAUGAGGGCACUGCCGAGCAAAUCUACCAGGCCUCUCUUUGGCCGUACCGGUACCUGGGAAUGCAUUGCAAGCCCGAGGACGCACUCGACUACGACGACAGAAUUUAUCCCCGCGCGAGUACGAGAAUUGGACCCAGAAACCAAGCAAAUGUUUUACCGUGGCCUGGAAAACCGGUCGAGUACGUCAAGCCACUUGAGAUCAAGAAAAACGGCAAGAAAGACACCAAGUCCAAGGAAGCAUUGGCUGCUAUUGAAGCCGAUAAGAUCUCACGUGGGAAGCGUCCGAAGUGGGUUCAAGACAUGCCUCCCGGCUACACAGCUCGGGGCGAAGAUUUUGACGACGACGACCCUAGGUGUACUGCAACUCGCAUGUGGAUACCUCCCCCAGAGAAAGUGAUCAAAGAGAAGGACAUGAAUGAGUACAUGGAAAAGGCCAAGGGGAUGACAAAAGAUCUCGGACUCCCAGAACGUUCGACCAAUCUGCAAGACGUGGCUGCCAAUAAAUUGUUUCGUGCAGAAUUCGACACAGAACAUGCUCUCAAGGAUCUUUCCGAGACCAAGAAGGAGGCAUUCAAAGAACCAGAAUUGACACCAGCAGAGCAAAAGAAGUUUGAGGAAGCCGUGAUAAAAUACGGCUCUGAACUUUAUCUUGUGAGAAAGCACGUUAAAACUAUGUGCUAUGGCAUGGUGACUCGUUACUACUACGCCUGGAAGAAGUCAGCACGCGGGAAGCAGGUCUUGGAAAACCAGGCCGGUCGAAAGGGAAAGAAGGAGGCCAAGAGAGCAGAAGCUGCUGCCAGUAAGCUGGCAGAUGAUGUUGCGGACAACGAUGAUGAUUCUGCAUUUGAUACCGAGAAAGCAAAUCAGAAAAAGCAAGGAUUUGUGUGUCAAUUUUGCUCCACGACUUCCUCGCGACAAUGGAGGCGCGCUCCGAACCCCGUCCCCGGGGUCGUCAACGAUGGGGGCUCGAAGAACUCGAAUAAGGAAAAGGGCCAAGAGCGUGUGGUAGCUUUAUGCCGUCGCUGCGCUGAGCUAUGGCGCAGAUAUGCCAUUCGAUAUGAAGAUAUGGAUGAGGUUAACAAGAAGAUUACCCAGGGUGGCCGAGCCUGGAAACGGAAGCAAGACGAGGAACUCCUUAAGGAGUUGCAAGCCGCGAAGGAAAUGGGCAUGAUGACGCCGGAACGGGCACCAACCCCUUCAGCGACCCCAGCCGUUGCCACCGUACAAGAACCGCCACGGAAGAAGCUUAAAGGCGCAGCUUCUGACAAAGAUGUGGAUAAUGGUCACUCGGAUGCUGCUAGUGCAGCCGGCUCUACCACUUCCAAGAAGAAGGACAAGAGUGUGGAAAACCUUACAGUCCCCGAUAUCCCCAAACCUCUUGUGCUGCCUUGUGCAGUCUGUGGCCAGCUGGAACCUCAAGGAGACCAGCACUUGUCGUGCCGCGAAUGCCGCCUGACGGUACACCGCAAUUGCUAUGGUAUCAUGGAUAAUCGAAACCCCGGGAAAUGGACUUGUGACAUGUGUGCAAACGAUAAAAACCCACAAGUCUCGAUCCAUUACAAGUGUGUUCUUUGUCCCGUUGAAUACACAGAACAUGAUUUCGUGGAACAGCCGAAAAUAACACAUCACAAAAAGAAGAUGUCGGAGAAGGAUCGUGAGCGAGAACGCCUGGAGGUUCAGCAAGCUCGGAAAGCUGCGGACUUUUACCGCAAGAAGCAGGAAGAGAUGAAUCGCCCCGUCAACCCCCGGGAACCACUCAAGAGGACCGCGGACAACAAUUGGGUCCAUGUUACCUGCGCUAUUUGGACCCCAGAAGUCAAGUUUGGUAACGCCAAAGCACUAGAACCUUCGGAAGGUAUUCCUUCGAUUCCCAGGAGCAGAUACGAUGAGACUUGUCAAGUGUGCAACAAACAGGAUGGAGCCUGUGUGUCGUGCCAUCAGUGUCGCAUUCCAUUCCAUGCGGAAUGCGCUCGGCAACAUGGACAUGUUCUCGGAUUUGAAAUGACAUCUGUGAAGAGUUCGCGAAGAGACCAGUUUAGCAUCGUGGCAAUCAAUGGGGAGAGUGGCAUCAUGUCGGCAACUGUGUGGUGUAAGGAUCACGCCCCCACGAAGACGACGAUUCAUCAGAUGCAAGAUAUUGCGGAUGAAUCGGGGCUUAAUGCUUUACAGCUCUAUGUACAGAACUACAAGCAGGCCGACCUGGCACUGACAGGCACGGUUCGCAAGGCCAAUCUCAUGACAAACGCCGCCAAGUUGUCAGGUACAACGACUCAGCCUGGCCUACGCAGGUCCUCGACAACAAAUAUCCCCAAUGGCGGAUGGGGCCAGCAGCGAAAUGGGGACACGGGAGAUGUGGCAUCGGACUCAAAACAACCAGGAGAAAAGGUCUGCAUCACCUGUGGUAUUGACACUAGCCCGAAGUGGUGGCCGAUCGAUAAUUCGCAGGAACGCGAACUCACCAACGGGCAUUACGGCACACUCGGGAGCGAGGCACAGAAAUUCGUAGAACAGAGACGAUUCCAAUGCCACAAAUGUCGCAGGGCCCAGCGUACGGCAAAGCCGCACCCGCGGCGGUCCCCUCUCAUGGCAGACGCUCCAUUACCUUCGGCUCACGGCGCAGGCAUACCAGGCACGACAACACAUCCUUUGCGCAGUCCGCCACAGAUGAUGCCUGCCCAUCGUGAAUCCAAUCCUUCUACUGCUUAUGCUUGGCCUCCACCAGUUCAUGCCCCGACAGUUCCUCCGCCACCAAUGCAAGCACCUGCACUCGUCGCAGAUCAUGCCCUGGGCGCCCGGCCUCCUCCCCCUGCCCCAUACGCGCCCCUCCCACCUCAACGACCAUCAUACAGUGACUGGGGACGACCUGCGAGCCAGCAAGGUUCGCCUCCUCGACACAUCAAUGGGGGACCCCCAAUUCACAAUCCACCGCCAAUGUCCACACUGUCUUCGUUGCGACCACCUCCAGUUGUAGGACCAGGGCCUCCAGUUGGGUCUUCACCACCUGCACCACCGCCGGCUAAUCAUCAUGGUGGCCCCCCGUCGCAGCCUUAUACCAACGGACUCCCUCCAUCACCUCGACGACUGAAUGGACCAGCGCCGCCACCUCGUUAUACUCAUCCGUAUCAAACCCACGGACACAACGCUCCUCCGCCCCCUCCUCCUGCGUCUCACUUACCACCACCAACCCUGACGAAUGGGGCACCACCACCUCCGCCGCGGCACGAUGGAUUCUCUCAUGAACUUCACCCGCAGAGGCCGACUUAUCCUGCUCCUCAUGGAAGCCCACCGGGCCCUCGAAAUGGACCACAGCCUCCCUCAAGUCGCCCGGCGAGUGGAGCAAGUGCCAGCCCCUCACUAAGAAAUCUCCUUUCUUGAUCAGAAGAAUACAGGAGAGUAACUGCCCGUUGGGAAUGGACCACGUUUGAGCGCACAGGGGGGACACUAAUGAAAGUCUAAGAGGGCGAGCAACGGAGCUUUUGCUCGUCUAGAUGAGUUGGAUGGGGAUGAAAUUCUUCCAUCUAUAUAGUAUAUAUACAAAAGGGACAAGAGGAUUGUGAGCUUUUGGAGUUGAUUUUGGGUGGGAUGGACUAAUUGACUCAUCGAAGGCUUUGUUGCAACCCACCAUCUGGAACGGGAUUCGCGAUUGGGUAUGUAUGUAUGUAUGUAUGAAUGGGAAGUUAGCGGGAUACAAGCGAAAGCUGUCUUGUUCGAGUACUUUAGGUAUUGUUGCAAAAUCACACUAGAAGCAUCCGGCGAACUUCGGCGUUUAGUUUAUUAUAGACGAAAUCAGGAUAAUGCCAAUUGUCAAAAGACGAUACCUUA